CGCGAUUGGCCUGAAGUUGACUGCGAAACUCGCUGACACGCGGUGCGAAAUCUCACCAGGCGUCGCCUCGACCGAGGGUCACGUGAUCACAGUUUCUAGCGAGUACAUAGAAGCAGCUACUUGUAAAUAUAUACAGUGUAUAUAGCGAUGAGCACACAGAAUCGUUCAGGAGGCGGCGGCGGCCCGAAGGCUAAGAAGGGCGGAAAUCCAGUGGCAACUGGCGGAAAUGAUGGGAACACCAACAAGAAAACAGAGCAUGCAAAGACAGAGAAGGAGAAACCACAUGCGAAGCCAACUGCUGAACAGAUCCGCAUCGCUCAGAUAACGGACAUCAAGGGUGGUCACGAGGACUCGAAGAUGCAGGAGAAGGUGGCGAAGAUCAUGGAGACGACUCAGCGGUCUGAAGAGGAUGUGUGUUAUGCUCUCUAUGAGUGUGACAACGAUCUCGACAGGGCGGUGAUCUUUCUCCUGGAGACGCUCACGGAAGACGCCUUCGAGAAGACAUCGAAGAAGAAGUCAAAGAAUCGCACGCUGUCCACGAACAACAACAACGAGGGACAGGAUGGCGAGUGGCUGGAGGUCAACAACACGUCCAGCGCGCGGACCGGCGGCCAGGUGGCGGACGGCAAGGAGCGCUCGCGCAGCCGCGGCGGGAUGCGUGGCGGGCGCACGGGCUCGGAUAGUCGCGGCUGGCGUGGCCGGGAGGCGCGCGAGAACGAGCGCAACGCUGCGGAGUCGAAGGGGGGCGACGGAUGGCGCCCCGGACGCGGCGGGCGCAGCGGCAGCGGCCGAGGAGGCUACGGAAGCUCUCGUGGCGGACGCGUGGGGCGAAUGGGGCGCGGACCGAGCUCUCGCGACCAAGGACGUGGCUUCGCGCGUCAGCCGGACAAUCUCGAGACUGUGGACUCGUGGGACAAUAGUCAGGCCAACACCACCGACGUUAAGGCUGAUGACACUUGGGGAGACUGGGACAACGAGGAGUACACCGGCUCAUUGGCCGAUAGCAAAGUAUUUACGCCAAGCUCGGCGACUCAGGCGACGUCGAGUGAGUUGUCAGCGCCGCCUGGGCUGGAGCAGCAGAUCCUGAAUCCGCCGUCGGGUGAUGAUUUGGUCGGUGUGCAGCCGUUCAGUGGCAGUGCCGUUGUGUCCAGCACAACGACGGCGGCUGUUGUCGCGGGCACGGCGGCGAUGAACAACAACUCGGUGCAGUAUCCGGAGUUGGGGAGUGCGGCGCAAAUUCGUCAGGCGCUCGACAUGCCCCAGAUCAACUCAUCGACACUGUCGGCUGAGCAAUCUCAAUACUUCAACUCUCUCUCGUCGCAGAAUUCCAGUCAGACGGCGAAUGUCAAUUCAUAUCAGCCGGCCUCAGUGCAAUAUUCUGCGGCUUAUGGUGCGAAUAACAGCUUCGGAGAUGGCGUGUCUUCGCAGCCGACGGUGAGGAAGACGCGGGCGCGUGUUCCGCCGCCGUCAAAGAUUCCGUCUUCAGCUGUAGAGAUGCCAGGAGAUACGCUGAACAACAUCGGCUACUUGGACGUUCAAUUUGGUGGGCUGGACUUUGGCACGGAGGAUUCCUUCGACGCGCUCGCUGACAAGUUCAACUCCACGAGUUUGGACGCGUCGGCCAAUGUGGCGAAUCCUGGUGAUGUGUCGUCGGAAUACCAGUCAAAGAAUUCUCAGCAAUCACUGGCAGCGGGACUGCAGACAUCUCAGAUGAGAACGACCAAUUCUGCGUCGCAAUCAUCGGGUUCCGUGAAUAGUUCCGUGAAUGUGAUCAACAACAGUGCGGGAAGUGGUGCUAGUGGAUACCAAGUGCCGUAUACGAACAAUACGUCUGCCAAGGGGCCGGCGUCGUAUCAGGCGUCGGCCACGGGCCAGGGCGGCUACAGCAACACCAACUACGCCAGCACCCAGGUUUCAUCGACGAAUAGCUAUCCACCGACGAGCAACUCAUACGGCACGUACCAGCAGAACUCGGUCAAUUCGUACCAGAGUCAGAAUAGUGCGAACAAUGUGGCGGCUGUGAAUAACUCGAGCAACGUAUCCAACAGCAGCUCCACGACCAGUAUUCCCGUUGGCGGAAGCACUGGCGUGGGCAGUAGUGCGAGUGCGACCGGCAAUACCGGAUACCUAUCCAGCCAGUAUCCCGUGAGUCAAUCGUCAUCCGUGUUUCCAUCACAGGCGAGUGCUUAUCAGAACAGCCCGAGUGUGUAUGGAACUAGUGGUAGGUACACGGGAAGUACAAAUACGUCCACGGCACAGUACAGUAAUUUCACAAGUACGAAGCUGAAAGAGAACGCUGCCACAACAAUCAGCACUCCGUUUGAAAGCGCAACUUCGAGUUCGGUGUCGAGUAGUGCUCCGAGCGCCGUGAGUAAUUCUGCCGUGACUACGAGUAGUAUGAGUUCACCAUCUCUGGGACUGACCAAAGCGACAAGUGCAACAACUAAGAGCAGCGGUGUGAUGAAUAUUCCAAUGGUCGGUCAGCAGUACAUUCAGGGUGUCCCGUACUAUCAACCUCAAGUAUACGCGUACGAGGACAUCCAGAUGAUGCAGCAAAGGAUGCCGCACGUGCAACCUGAAUAUUACAACCUGAAUUAUCAGACGCCAACGAGCUUGGGGACUGGAGUGAGGGAUGCAAAUUUGGGUUCAGUGGCAGCAUAUUCGACAAUGUCCGAUGGACGAUUCACGAGGACAGACAAUAAUUCUAGUCCUGUUAGUAAUGUGCCGAGUACAAUGUCACAGCAAACGGGAUCUGGUGGACCGAUGAUGAAUGUUCCGUAUGCAUACUUUGCGUAUGGCGGAAUGCCGGCCGGGAGCUUCCAGUAUGGAAUGUAUCCGCAACAAAUGGCAACUGCGAGCGCCACAUCGGCGGGCCAAUUCCCGAAGCAAACGUACAACAGUGCGUACGGAUCGGCGACGUAUGAUACGCUGAGUCAGACGACGCAGGAUUACAGCAAGAGUGCCUAUCCGGGAUCAGGCGUGGGGCAGCAAUCCAAGGGGCAGAACGUGAACAAUCCGCCGCCAGCGGGCACGGGUUCGGACAUCACGUCGUCAAUGUACAGCAAGACUCACGUGGCGCUCAACAAAGUGAAUUCCUACGACAAGCAGUCCUUCCACUCGGGGACUCCGCCACCAUUCAAUUUGGCCGGCACCCAAACGGCAGGAGCCACUUCUGCCCAACCGUACGGAAUGUACAUUCCGGCAAUACCGCCACCCCAUCACAAUAUGAACAUACACCAGCCGAUCCACCAGGACUCAAGCAGCAGUGGUCAGCGUCCACAGUCGAGCAGUCAGGGCAAAACUUACUGGACGGCUCAAAAUUAAAGAGAGAAAAAUUGAUGAAGAGAUGAAAACAAUGAACUUUUAUUCACUUCCCAUCCAAAUACACAAUUCAAAGAGUGUUAAAUUCUUGUUCUUGCUUUUCCACGGCAUAUUUUUCUAGAUAUUCAGUCAGGGAGAUGAAGACAAAAAAAUCAUGUGUUUUGUGAAGGAAUAGAAAAGCGUGCAUUCUCUGUUUACAUGAAGAAUAAGAUGACGAAUUUAUUUCGACAAAGACACUUUGUAUGGCAGUGAGAAGUAAAUUUGAUGCGCACUUUUGACGAAAACCUUUCCCUCCAAAGAAUACAGAAAGAUGAAUAAAAAGAGAUUUAUAUUGAUGAGAAAAUACGCAAAUCACCAAAAACGCCGCAAAACGAAUAUAUUUGCUCCAUAGGAAGUUAAAAAAAAAAGUGGGAAUGGCGAAGAAUUUAACACGCUCUACAUGUUGCAGCAUCCCGUAUUUAUAUGUAAAAUGGUGUAAUUUGUGCUGUUCUUUGAACAGACAGAAUUGAUAAUAAUGAAGCAAACAUACAAGAAAAUACAUGCAGAUAAGAGAAGAUAUUCGACUACUGGACAUUUGAUUUGAUGAGGUCGUGAGGAGAGGACGCUUUUAUGGGUGUAUUUGAUUAAUUUUUAUUUAAUUGAAUACCAAUUUUCGAAGAAGCGAAAAAUAAAAAUAUUUAGUAGAAAAGAAUCACUAUUGAUAACAUAUAAAUUCAUAUAUAUAUAUAUAUAAAUGAUGAAAGAAUGAAUAUAUAAUAAUAAAGAAAAAAAAGAUAAAGAUGAUGGUAAAUGAUUGAAGAGAGGAUAAAAUUGCAUUGUAGCAAUUUCAAUGAAUCCCUGUCGAUUUAAUUUCUCUUAAAUAAAUAUUAUUUUAAACAAAAUAUUAACUUUAAUGUGCUAAAAACACUUAAUUUAAAAGGAAAUGAGAAACAAAAUCUACAUUUUAAAUGAUACAAUUUAGUGGAGAAUAUGAAGUAAAACACACAAUUUUACUUUGCUAUGCAGAAUGAGAAAAAAAUUAUAUAUUGAUAUAAUCGUAAUUGAUUGGUAGUAAAAGAAAAAAAUGGGGAUGAAAAGCAUUAUAUACAGAUGAAAGUAAAAUGAAUUAACAAUUAAGGUGAAGAAGAAAAAAUUGUAUGCAUAUUUAAAUGAGAUGCAAAGAAAAAAUUAAAGAAGAUACUUUAAAAAAUGGACACGUUUUUUUACUGUUUAUAAAAGGGUAUAAUAGAGAGAAAUACAUUAAAUAAAACAUGGUGAAAAAAAAACAA